CGACAGCCAAACAACUUAGAAUGGUAGGUCGAACCUGUGGCGGGAGGAUGAAGCACGCCCCCCUCUCAUUGAAUUCUGUGGCCUGUUUCUGUGCUUCACUUAGCGCUACGGGUUUGGAAACAAUCAGGGGUAUGGAUGGAGUCCGGCCAUCAAAUAUGUAUCUGCCUAAUUUUUGCAUCUGAGAGGACAGAUCUGCAGCACCACCAAACGCCAGACUAUUGACACUUCCCCAUGCAACCAGUAAUGUAGUGGAUACUCUAGUGAUAUGUAUCUCACUGUUAGCGAAUGGUCUUCGAGUCUCCGCGGACACCGGAGGCUCCUGAGGUCUCAUUGUCAUUAACUUAGCGUCUGGAGACUCCAUACAGGGGUGUGGUCACUGGUGAAUUGAGACCUAACUAGGGCUGCUCUUUCCCCUCCUCACCAGAUUGAGCGAUAUAUUUAAAGCCGCCCAAACUGCUUGCUCUCAUUCUAUUUUCUUAUUCCUCUCUCCUAUUACUUUUUCUACUUUAACUUCGCUUUCUUGUUCACCACCAAUUCGUUUACCUAUACUAUGUCGUACUACGGUGGCCCCCCUCAACCCCAAUAUGGGCAGCCUCCAUAUGGUCAACCUCCAUAUGGUCAGGCUCCCGGAGGCUAUGAGCGCCCUCCAUAUGACCAGCGACCCCCCUACGGCGAUCGCCCCUCUUACGACAGACCUCCAUACGAACAGCCUCCUCCCAGUGACCGUCCACCAUAUGAGCGUCCCCCAUACGAACAACCUCCCUCUGGCGAGCGUUCGCCAUACGAGCGCCCGCCAUAUGGGCAGCCCCCUCAAGACCAGCGCCCUCCGUACGACAGACCACCAUCCGAGCGUCCUCCGUACGAGAGACCUCCAUAUGAUUCAGACCGUUCUUUCGACUCUCGCCCUCCCUACUCCUCCGCACCACCUUCUGCCCGUCCUCCACAAAUUCCCCCACCACCUCUUCCCAUGGGUUGGGUCCAGGAAUGGGAGCCCAACGCCCGCCGCGCCUUCUGGGUUGAGGUAGCCACCGGCAACUCCCAGUGGGAGCAGCCUCUUGGCGAUACCUCGCGUGACAUGGGUCCUCCCGGCGGCCCUCCCCCUAUGAUGAGCCCCCCUCCUUCCGGCCCGAUUAGCCCUCCCCCCGGUGGCUACUACGGCGGUCCCCCUCCCCAGGAGGGAGGCUACUACCCUCCUCCUCAGCAGGGCGAGUACCAGACUGAGGAAGAGAGGAAGAAGAGUGAAAAGAAGAAGAUGUUCAUGGGAGCCGCCGCAGGUUUGGCGCUUGGUGGUGUUGCCGGAGCUGUUCUUAAUCAUGAGUUUGGCGGUUCCAGCUCUGAGUCUGAGAAGGAAGAAGAAGAAGAAGAAGUCGAGCACAAGAUCGUGGAGCAGCACAUUUACCACCACUACGAUGAGCCUCCUGAGGAGCGCUCUUACUCUCCUCCGGUGGAUGACUGGUAGUGGGGCACCUUCGGAUGAUGAGCUGGCAUUUCCCUUUUUUUUUUUCUCUUCUUUCGAUUUUCUAGAAUAGGACAUUUGCACUAGCCUGGUUUGGUUUAGCCUUAUUGUUGGUCUUCGGGUAUUUUUUUUUUUUUUUGUUUGCUCGUUUUAGGCCUGCAUUAAACUGUUCCAAAAAUAUAUCCUUUAAUCUGGAUUGGUCGAGGUGAUACCAUUUGUAA